GUUAUUGUUCAUGGCGUUUUAUGACUUGUCUCUUUAUAUUAGCGAUUAUGUCGAGUUUUUUCGCGAUCCCUGCCGCGCGCUGUGUGCCGAGAGUGAAGUAAGGCCCGCGCGGUGUGUUUUAGGUUAAGACCAGUGCCCGGGCGGUGUGCCUCCGUGCUGUACGGACGUGUGAAAUCCCGCACAGUGUCGGAAAGAAAUGGGUGAACAAGAUUAGUAGUCACUGGUGUGAUUUGGGACUGUCGGUGUACAACUGACACGCGACAUCUCUUCAUCACACACAUAUUGGAACAAUACCCCGAGGCGUUUUUACACUCUCUGGGUAGUUAUGUGAUUUGUAGUUGUCAUGGCGGCGGAUAGUGAUGGUGAUCUGAUUGAGACGGUGGUAACCUGCGAGGGUGACCUUGGAGAUCCAGAGUUUCCCCGAAAGUUUGAAAUCAUUGUUGACCAUCUCAAUACUUUGCUUUGCAAAGAAAAGGGAGAUGGUCUGAGAGUAAAUAAAAUAGAACCAUGGAAUUCUGUCAGAGUAACAUUUUCAAUACCCAGAGAAGCUGCUUUGCGGCUUCGAGAGUUAGCAGCUCAGGGUUCUCCAACACUUACACAACUUGGCAUACUUUCGGUACAAGUCGAAGGAGAUCAGGUAAUAUCUUUAAGGAUAGCCAGUCGCUUUGGUGGAGACGCGCAAGAAAUUGUGCUACAUUCUGGAACUACUCAAGAUGGCGGAGCAAAAUCUCAAGGAGAUGUUACUAAUAAUACAGCUGCUGCUGACGGUAAUCCUUCUGUAGCUUUGCCUGGUCCAAGUAAUGCCACCAGCAUUUCAUCAGCGCUACAUAAUGUUGCUCAGAUAAUAGCAGCUGGAACAUCGUCAGAGAAAGCUCCUCAGUUUCGUUCUCCGAAUGUAGUUGCGCCCACAGACUGUGAUCCUAUCCCACAAUUUCUUGCGAAAUCAGCACAAUCCACGUCAGCGAGCAACGCUGGCGUUUCCGGAAAUCAGCAAGUGAUUAAUCCUAGUGCGUCGCCUAGGAACAACUACAACGGUCCUUUCCCAUUUGCCAGUAUGACACACGCUGCCCAAGCAAUACACAGUCGCGAAUCGCAGUCCACAACAAUCAAGAACACAAUGCAGUUUAAGCAUCACACUCAACCACCACCCCCAUAUCCAUCUCAAGAAAAUUUGACGACAGUUACAGCACUGACGACCGGUCACACGACAACGCAGCCAGUUGUUACCGUUGGACAACUAACGAGUCAGUACAAACCCACGACGAUCGCUACAACAUCUAGUCUGUCACCAAACAACGGUACCAAUCUGGCAGGGAAUUCGAACAGUAGCGGAAAUCAAGUUGCCAUGUCCAGCCCGUUACUCGUGAAUCUUUUACAAAACGAUGCUGGUUCGCACGCGAAUAAUGUCAUACCUGGUCAGAAGAUGUUACCGCCGGCUGUUAUCGACAAUCCUGGACUUACCAGUCGCAUGAGACCCACCAAGAAACCUACAGUUAGAAGGAAAGAUCUCUCAUCGCCCAGUGAAUCGCCACCGAAUUUGGAUACUUUAAGAAGCGAAGACGUGAUCGGAGGAACGGCGACAGCAACGACAACGACGACGGUGGCGGCGGUCAUUUCUGACUUGCCUCAGACUUCUACGUCAUCGGCGUUCGUGACUGUCAAUGUUAAUCAACCAUCGACGCUUCCACCGCAACAACAUACUGCGGUCAACGUGAUCGGUAGUGGCGCUGGACAAAAUAUGAUACCACCACAACCGAUGCAUCAAGUGCCGACUGGUGGGCAGAUGCAGCAGCAAGCAACAAUUUUACAUAAUCAAGUACAAACUCAGCAAAAGUUUCCCAUUAGGCAAGAAUUGGCUCAUAGAACUUCGCAGGUUCAACUGCAGAAUCAACUUUCCGCCAGGCAUCCAGUGAAUGGACAACAGAUUAGAAUGCCAUUGCAACGACAGUUGUUGAUCCAACAACAGCAGCAACAACAAAUAAAUCAACAGCAAAUUGCUCCGCAAAUUCCGGCGCAGCCGACUCUGCAACAGAAUACGAAUGCGCCGUUGCAAACUGCGUCUCUCAUCAAUCAGUCGCUGUUACAGCAACAGCAACUUCAACAACAAUUGAUACAAUAUUCUACGGUAGGCUUAAAUGUCCCACAACGGCUAGGUUACUUAAACGGUCAACGUCAGCAAACUCCGCCGCCUUAUCCAAGGCAACCGGUUUCGCAGCAAACGCAUUUAAAUCAACAGACUCAAGCUCUCAAUGUACAACAACAGCAGCUGCAUCACAAUCAAAUAAAGAACAUCAAUACGGAUACUAGCGUGACUACUGAUUUUCGUUGGCAAAACCAAAAUAUCCUCAGUAGAAAUUAUCAGUCUCCCGCAACGAGCAAUGCUAAUGGGACCACGUGGAACGCACAAAGCAAUUCUAUUCCACAAGGUGCUCAAGUCAACACCACACGUCUGUCAGUUUCGAAUCAGGUUUCAGGUGCCUUUCCUCAAUGUGGCUCUCGUAUAAAUAAUUCUACUACUAGCAUUGCUCCGUCUAUCAACAAGACGGAAACCUCCGAGUCUCCGAAACCGGAAGAGGAGACCCCGGAGUCGGAGCCGAAGCCAGAAUACACCUCGACCGGGAAAAUACGACAGUUUUUGAUUAAUCCUCUGACAGGACACUUAGAGCCAAUGUCUAGUGAAAGUUCAGAUUCAGAGCCAGAAAGUGCAGUGGAUAAUCAGGACGAUUUCUUCUCCUUUCCGUCUCCGUCGAACGACAGAUCGAACUCGAUAUUCUCCGACGAUGACGCGGACAGUAACUUUUCAAGAAGAAACGAUACGACGACGAACACGGAUCAGUCAGAUUCCGAGACAACAGCGAAAUCCACGGCCAGCGAAGGAAGCUUAAAACACAGCAGAAUAAAAUCCAGUAGGGAAACUGCGCAUAGUCCAAUGCCGGGAGAGAAAAUCAAACUGCGAUUGAAAUUGGAAAAAUCAGAGCCGGUUACACCAGCUUACAAAGUCGACGUUUCUUUUGUAAAUACGCCGCCUAUACGGAAAGCCGAUAAAUCCGUGAAUAAAAUGUUUGCCGGUGGUAUCCCAAGUGUGGGGACCGGUGAUGAACCGCUACGAGUGCCUCCGUUACAUAUUUCUUUAAGAGGACGUAACGCUUCAGUAGUACAAAGAGAAAAAGUUAAAAAGUCUUUAAAAGAGACUGAGAGUGAUGCAAUUAAGAGGAGAGGUAAAUUGAAGAAGAUGAAGGAGUGCAUCGAUGGGAACAAGUUGCUGCAAAAGAAAUCAUUGAACAUGAUUAUAGCCACUUCGUCUGCAUCGAAAUUAUCUUUAUCUAAUUCCACAAUGAUAAACAGCGCUAAUAGCAUUUGUAAAGUCGGUAAUAUAUUGCAAGCCGCUGUAGCCAAAUCUAAUGCCUUAAAACAAGAACUACCGGUAGACGCUGUACGAUUGCAAACUGGUACCACUACUAAGCCAAGUUCGAGUAAAAACAGCGACGUGGAUGAUAUACCACUGAACAGUAGAAUACCGUCUCCUUUGAAACAUAAAUCUGCGAUUGUGAAUCAAUCUUUAAAUACUCCACAAGCUUUAACUAAGACUCAAGUGGAUCUCGAUGCACAAAAUCAUAUGCAAGAACACAAAAUAGGAGGAGGUAAAACAAAGAGAAGGGAUUCUAAGAAAAAAUCAGAAUCGGGAGACGGUUUACAUCGGGAACAAAAUUUGCUAUCGGGAGGUCGAAUUUUGGAUAAUCAAGUGAAAUGGCGAAAGCUCGGUUACAAGGGCGAUAUGGCUCAUACGAUAAGAAAACCGGAUUCACUUUUAACCGGAAGUGAUUUUAGUACAAUCAAGAAGGUUGGCGAAAUGCGAAGAACGAGCGAUAGUGACAUCAAUAAAUCGGCAAUCGAGAAAAGUAAUUCGUUGAGUAAUGUGGCUCCUAAAUUAACAGAGCUUAAUGGCGUGAAGAAAGACUUAAUAACCCAAGAUAAGAGGAGACGAUUAAGCUUGAUGGAUGAAAAAGAUCUGCAUUUAGGAGAAUCUCCAAAUACAGAAGUUACACAUUUUAAUAAUCAGAAGACAGCAUCUGAAAGUUCUGCAAAUGCGAUAUCAAGUAUAAAGGCAAACGCCAGUCUACCCUUCGAGAGUGAUUCUGGAUUAAAAUCGACAAAUUCGUCAGUGCAACAGGUCGAUACUAGAAAUCCAUCAAAUAAUCCUGAAACCAAAGUACCUGUGCAUGCCGAGACUACGACGAAAAAUUCUCAGCCACCUAUAGCCAGGAUUCUCUCCGUCAAGAGUAAAUCCGAUAUGGAGAAUUACAUCACCACUGUUAAAAAUCAGAACAUCGGUCAAAAAUUAAAAAACCAUAUGGUCGUUAAGAGCGAAGCAAAUUCCAUCAUAAAUAGGCACAAGAUAGUCGAGCAGCUGAAUUUUAGUCACAAAAAGACAAUUCAAAAUCAUAUUAAACAGAUCGAUAAACCAACGGUGGAAAGCAAAGUGGACAGCGCGUCGCAAAGGAUCAGUCUACUGAAGACCACGCCAGGUUCGGUAAUCGGCAACUCGGUAGAUCAAAUCUCCAGAUCCCAGAAUAUUGACGUACCUGCGAACAAACCGACUUUACCCAUCGGCGAGAUAAACGUGACCGAGGCGAAAGUCAAGCAGAAGUUACUUGAAAAUACAGCAGUACCAAUCGGGAUCGGUGUCGAUGCGAAUAUCGAGAGAGUCGGUAGCAGCGGUGGUGGUGAAGAUUCGGGCAUCGAGUCGAUGGACGCUCUUUCGGAGAAAUCGCCGAACCAAGGAGAGUCCCCUUUGCACAGGCCGGCAUCGGCGACCGAAUCAGUGACACAGAGCAGCGCCAAGAAUGUAAUACAGGGGGAACCCACCCUAUCAACCACCAAUAAGAACGUGCCUUCCUCAACUAGUAGUAGUGAUAUGUGUUCAAAUUCCCAUUCGGAACUUCUGAAGUCCAGUGGCCCACAAAGGUUAAGUCCUGUGUCCGUAGCGAGUUAUUUUGAGAAUCAGUUGAAUCGCAAUAUAUCAAACUCCAGUGAGCACGACGUAAAGAAUGUGUCUAGCGAAAAAUCAUCGGCAAUUCCGAGAACUGGUGGUGGACAUAGUGACUUGAUUGCUAGUUUAGACACGGCGAACAAUGACAAAAGUAUGCCUAGUCCUCUGGUGACAGGUACAGUGACUGUUGUGACAGCAUCUAUAACCAGCAGUAUGACUAGUGAUAAUAACUUAUUGCAAUGUGCACAUCAGCAAGCGAAAGACUUUUCUGAUAAGGACAGUUCUAGCAUUAAAUUAGAGGGUAUUGUUAACCAAAAUGAUCAGGGUAAGACAAACUCUAAGCAUGAGGGGUCGAGAGCUGUAGAAAGCGUAUCCGAAGACAGCACGAAAGCGGUUGUAGAAAGUAACAGUGCAAUUAGACUAAGUGAUGAACCUCACGGACAGAAUAAUAAUAAUAAUAGUAAUAACAAUAAUAAUAAUAAUAAUGGUGUGCCUAUAAUACAAAAUCACAUUGCUUAUAAUAAAGUUGAAACGGUAAAGCUCGAUAUUGCGAUCGCAAACAGUGCUAGCGCAGCAACAGAUAAUUCUUGCUCGAACGGUGAGAGUUGCAAUUCAGAAAUCAAAGUAGAAUCUAAAAUUAACGUAAAACUGGAUGAUACCAGGCAAGCCGAUCGGUUCGAAGUCUCAAAAAACGGUAAUGUUCCGCUGAAUACAACAUCGGUCAAAAUAGAGACUGAGCAGAACCAGAAGUAUAAUGUACAAAGUCAUCAGCAGAUCAAACAGCUCAAAGAGCCUUCUGUGAAUCUUCAAAAAGUUGCGGACGAUUUGGUUAAGAAGAUGGUUAAUGAUACGAGCGAUCUGAAUGCGGGCAUCCAGUCACCCCUCGGUGGAGAUCCGCAGCCUAUUAGAAUUACACCACCCUUAUAUACCUAUUCCAAUCCCGUGGUACUGCAACGGGAAGAAACACCGAGUCCGGCGGCGCAGAAUCCUGAAGUGGACUCCAGUGACGUGGAGCAUCUCAAGCGUAAACGUAGGAGAAAGCAGGAACUCGAGGGUCGUCAGGAAGUUAUAUGUAUAGAGGAUAACGAUGAGGGACACUUUGUGGAAAGACUAAACUCCAACAGCUCGGAGGAAUACAUCAAGAGGACGCCGAAAUCGUUGCUGGAGCAGCUGCUGAUCGAUAUUCCAAACGAUAAUAAUGAGAAAAGAUCGCUGAGGACCAGAUCGCAAAAGUUGAACAGUCCGGAUAUCGCAAAAACUCCGAAGAGCAGCCCUCACGGUCCUAACAAAUUAGAGGAACGCCGUAGUAUAUCGCCCUACGCAAAAGCAAGUCCAAAACUGACAGUGUCGAAACUGUCUCCUAAUGCGACAAUAAAAAUAGGAAAACGGAAAAGACAAGAGAGCGAGAGUUCCGUUGCAUCGAGCACAGCUGACGAUCCACAAUCGAGACCAGGUAAACGGAAAUCCUCAGAGAAUGCUGCAGAACUUAUUAAAGCUUGCAUGGGUGUAGAAGAGGCUGGUUCUAUAAAGAAACAAAUACCUGGCAAGGAAGAGCAAUCAAAGAAAGGGUUCAACAUAUUGACAAAGAAUAAGAAAGGUCCCAUUGUGGUAGAAGUAGAUUCGUCUGAUGACGAACCAUUGAUUGAGUCUGUAGGAAAAGCAAGAGUACGAUUGUCAGAUGAAACAUCCACUACUUCCCCAAAGCCCAAAGAUCAAAAUAAUAGAGUGCAAAGAGAGAGCCGUUUGUUAACCACCAAGCAACCGAAUACGGCAACUGUGACGGUAAUAACGGCAUCGACCGCAACGACAGCAACGACGGCGACGACGGCGACGACGGCGACGACGGCGACGACGGCAACGACGGCAACGACAGCAACAACAGCAACGACAGCAAUGACGACAACCGCGGCAACAACAGCUACGACAGCAACGACCGCAACAACGACAAUGACGACGAUAACGACGACGAUAACAACAAUGACGAUGACGACAACGACGACGACAACGUUAACAAUGAUGACGACGGCGACUGUUACAACUACGACGGCAACAACAAUGGCAACGGCAGGGGCAGUUACUGUUGGGAAGGAGAGAUUACGAGGCACUUCUGUAUCCAGCAACGAAUCUGUGGGCGAAGUAACGACAAGAAGGUCUGUACGGCAGAAUACAGCUUCACCUCUAGCUACACCAGCAAGCAACACUAGAGGCGCAUCUAAAUCCUCAGACGAUAUUAAUAGAAGAAAAACUCGUAGUGGUGCUGUAACGGCGGAGACAGCAGAGCAAGCGAAACGGAGGCGAAUAUCCCGAGAAAACAAAUGACCUUCGGGAAGUGACCUUGACAGUGAUUAGCUACCGUCGCUCGUCAAGGCCUAUCUGUCUGAUUGUAAAUCCAACAUAAACGGGUAUUUGAUCGCCCUGUGGCUGGAUCCCACCUGGUGAAACUGUAUGCGUCACUUAGCGCACAACGUUGCUGUAUAUGUAUUGGGAGUAUUGUAUUAAAAAAAGAAGUGCUGGACGGUAUAAAAUCUCGCUGUAAAACAUU